AAUUGCACUGAACUCCAACAAGGUUCAAUCCAAGGUAUGGACUGCAAUGAAGCAGGACAUAAUAAUAUACUGGAUAUGGAUAAACAAAGAUCUAUAUCAAAUCAGAUUUCGUCAUCAAUACAUUCAAUACCUAACAUGCCAAAUGAUGAAUGUGUAAAAGUUUGGAACAUUCUACAUUCAUGGAAUUUAGAAUAUGUAUAUAAAACAUGUAUAGAUCAAUGUAUUGAUACGGAAGUUUUGAGUUAUAUGAAUAGUGAACAUGUGAGAUUAUUACUGGCAAAUUUUCCUCUUGGUAUUCAAAUCAAGUUUGAAAAAUAUGUUCGUAAUUUUCAAAGCGAGGUACCAGUUGGACAGAAUCAUAUUCCAUUUGAAGAACCAGAAUUGAUUCCAGUAACACAAAAUAUUGUUCCAACAAAUGAAAACAAUAUAUUUGAUUUGAAUCAUAUCCUCACAAAAAGUACACAAGGCUCUAUGGUUGUUGAAUUUUAUUUUAAAAAUAAAAAAUUGAAUGAAUCGUGUCGUACACUAUUAGUUGAAUUGAUCAUUAAUGAUUUAAUAAAAAAAAAUCGUACUAUGACGAUAGAUUUAGCUAGUACUAUAUCAAAUGCCAUUAUUAUGGCAUUUCCAACAGAAAUAAAGGAUGUUUAUUUUUUAAAAGAUAGUACUUGUAAAGCUCCUAAAGGAAAGGUGUAUGUGAAAUACUUCAACACUAUGAAGAAAUUAAAAAAUGGAGGCUUAAAAGUAGGAAACAAUAAUACAUCUGAAAUUAAGAAGAUUGUUUAUAGAUCCGAAGAUCUACUUAAUUCUUCACUAGUAAUUGAACCUGAUUCAGAAGAUAUGGCACUUUCUUUAUUAAACAAUGAUGAUUUGUCUUGGCCUGAAGUUGAAACAAUAUGGAAAAAUACAAUUAACUUCAGACUUCAAUACUUAAGAACAAAUGAUACAGCGUCCGUUUUUAAUAAAUGGUUACAUUAUACAAAGCCAAUGGGCUAUAAAUUAAUAGAGAUUGAUUUUUGUCGAAUGUACCCAAAUUUUAAAAACUUGAAUGUUAAAUUUGAAAAAAGAUUACCAACUUUAUUAAGUAUAUUGAAUGAUCGUGUCAAAGAUAGUGGAAGUGUAACUCUAUUACGUCAGUUAAAAGAAUCUACCAAUUUAUGUAAAAAUGGUGAAACCUUGACUUUAUUAUAUUUGUUACAUUCAAUAUUUUUGCCUACUUCUAGAAAAGUGACUUUGAAUGAACAAGGCAAAAAAUCAAGCAUAAAAUAUUCUAUAAAAGAUUCCCAAAACUCAUUCAUUAUCAUAGCACAUACUGCAGUAGAAGUAGAAUUAAUUUUAGAA